ACCAACAAAUCAAGCCAACCAUAACCAUGAAAACUCAUGAGGCAACAAAGAAUUCAAUCAAUUCUGAUGUGCAUACCCAAAACCUUUGCAGUAUGCAACCUUUCCUCUGUAUCAUCAGCAUGACAAUCAGCAGUGUCAUCACAAUCUACCGUGCUUACAACAACAAAGACAUACUCAUGAUAUUGUUCAUUACUUAUGUUUACAUUGGUUCCUUCUUGUUCGACUAUUGGUCCCGUUUAUACCACAAGCUACCACCAUCUGAACAAUCUUCUAAGAGGCGUAACGUUAAAAUUGGCAUGUGGGUCUUAUUCAGUAGCACCAUGUUAGGAUUUGCAUGCGAAUUCUCAACGUUUAUGAACUUCACUGAGUCUUUGUGUAUAUUUUUGGUUGUGAUUGUGGGCAACGUGUUACUUUUCUAUGUUUACUUUGUGUGGAAGGGUAACAAGAGUGCUAGUGCUUGCUCCACUCAUCGUAGUUGUUACAAUAAUGGGAAUGCAGUUCAAGAAGAAGAAUAUAAACCAUUAACAGAUUCCAAGGGUGUAUUCAAUGUAUAAAUACUAAACAGUGUACUAGUUUCUCUUGUUGAAACUUUAGUACUUGAUGCCAAU